UAUUCAUUAUCUGUGUGUGUUAUGUGCCUGUGUCUGGUGUAGCCUAUUCAUCCUCUCUCUUUCCCUCUGUUGCAUUCUUGUGCGUCUGUGUCUCUGUGUGUCUUCCGUACAGAGCGUUCAUCCUCUGUGUGUUGUGUGCUUCUGUCUGGUGUAGCCUAUUCACCCUCUCUUUCUCACUCUUUCUGUUGCAUUCCUUCUCACUGUGUGUGUUGCAUUCGUUGUGUGUGUGUGUGUGUGUGAGUGUGUUGUAUUCAUUCUCUGUGUGUGCCUUUGCUGCAGUGCAUUCAUCUUUUGUGUUUCUGUUGUGUGCCUGUGUUUGGUGUACCCUAUUCAUCCUCUCUCUUUCCCCCUCUCUGUUGCAUUCCUUCUGUGUGUGUGUUUGUGUGUGUUAGGUUUAGUGUAUUAAGUCUCUCUGUGUUGUGUGCCUGUGUUUGGUAUAACCUGUUCAUCCUCCCUCUCUCUUCUGUCUGCCUUCCUUCUCUCUCUCUGUGUGUGUGUGUGUGUGUGUGUGUGUGUGUGUUGUAUUCAUUGUGUGUAUGUAGUCAUUCCCUGUGUGUGUCUUUGGUGUAGUGCAUUCAUCCUCUGUGUGUGUGUGCUUGUGUGCUUGUGUCUGGUGUACCCUAUUAAUCCUUUCUUUCUCACUCUCUGUUGCAUUCCUUGUGUGUGUGUGUGUGUGUGUGUUGUGUGCCUGUGUUUGGAGUAAUCUAUUCACCUUCUCUCUUUCCCCCUCUCUCUGUUGCAUUCUCUCUCUCUCUCUCUCUCUCUCUCUCUCUCUCUGUGUGUGUGUGUGUUAGGUUUAGUGUACUAAUUCUCUGUGUGUGUUGAGUGUGCCUGUGUCUGUUGUAGCCUGUUCAUCCUCUCUCCCUCAAUCUUCUGCCUUCCUUCCUUCUCUCUCUCUCUCUCUCUCUCUCAUCAUUCUCUGUGUGUGUCUUUGAUGUAGUGCAUUCAUCCUCUGUGUGUUGUGUGCCUGUGUCUGGUGUACCCUAUUCAUCCUCUCUGUGUUGCUUUCUGUGUGUGUUGUGUGGGUGCCUGGUGUUCCUCCUGUUCCCUCCUUCCCUCCCUUUCUCCAUCCCUCUCCAUCCUCUCUCUCUCUCUCUCUCUCCAUCCUUCCCUGUAUCCCUCCCUGCAUCCUCUUUCUCAUCCACAGCAGGGAGAGAUGCUCAAGCAGAGGCUGCCAGCUGAGAGAGACCCAGGAGGAGCCUGACUGACUGCCUUCUAUCCUUCCUUCUUGGAGGGUCCCUUCUCCAUCCCAAUGGAGGACCAGGAGGACCAAGAGGAGGAGGAGGCUGGGAGCAGCCUUCCUGGGCAGAGACCCCCAGAGACCCCACUCCAGAUUCACCCUGCCGGCCAGGAGCCACUGAGACCCCCUCGGGUGACCAUGCUGAACGGGGAGACGAGUUCAUCCUCGGCCAGGAACGUGAUCCGAAGCUCCAGCAUCAGCGGAGAGAUGUACAACAUUGAGAAGAGCAAUGGGGGCAAUCCGGAUUCAGCUAGCCUAUCGUCCACGAAGAAACGGCGCUCCAGCCUUGGAGCCAAGAUGGUGGCUAUCGUGGGUCUCUCCCAGUGGAGCAAGAGCACAAUGCAACUCAACCAUCCUGAUGGCGGCCCAAAGAAACUUCGCAGUAACAUCCGCCGAAGCACGGAGACCGGGAUUGCUGUGGAGAUGAGGAACAGGAUCACGCGGCAAGGCAGCCGGGAGUCGACUGAUGGCAGCACCAAUAGUAACAGCUCCGAGGGCACGUUUAUUUUCCCAACGACUAGGUUGGGAGCCGAAAGCCAGUUUAGCGACUUCUUAGAUGGUCUAGGACCGGCUCAAAUAGUUGGACGGCAGACGCUGGCUACUCCACCCAUGGGUGACGUCCACAUUGGGAUGGUCGACCGGAACGGACAGCUAGAGGUAGAAGUGAUAGAGGCCCGGGGCCUCACUCCGAAGCUAGGAUCCAAGACCAUUCCUGCCACUUACGUCAAGGUGUACCUGCUAGAAAACGGGGCUUGUUUGGCCAAGAAGAAAACCAAGACGGCCAAGAAGACCUGCGACCCGCUCUACCAACAAGCCCUGCUCUUCGACGAAGGCCCUCAGGGCAAAAUGCUACAGGUGAUUGUUUGGGGCGAUUACGGACGUAUGGACCACAAGUGCUUCCUGGGGAUGGCUCAGAUCGUUCUAGAAGAGCUGGACCUGUCCACCGCGGUGACCGGUUGGUACAAGCUCUUCCCCACCUCUUCACUGGCGGACUCCACCAUUGGACCCCUUACGCGCCGCCUCUCCCAGUCCUCGCUGGAGAGCUCCAUAAGCCCCUCGUGUCCUUAAGGAAGACCCGGAGGAGAGACCCGGCAAAGAAGAACAGCCUGCGCCACCACCGCUUUUGGUAGCAUGGUUUGUAAAUACUCCAUGUCUUUCCCCUCCCGUCUUUCCUUCUCUUUCUCUUUCUCCUCCUCCUUCUCCACCUCCUCCAAGGAGAGGAAAAUCCAACAACUCCCAACGACUUUAGACAUCUUUGUCCCUCACUCCACAGAUACAGGAGGAGAAAACUCCAGAAGGUGGUGGUGGGGAAGAGGAGGAAUUUAUAAAGGGGAAGGACAAAGAACGUGGGGCAAAGGAAGGGUACUAUUACUGACCGACUCUCGAUUCCAAGACUGUUAAUGUCACCUUGAAACACAUUGCCUUUGAAAAGGAGUCACUCGUUUUCUCAUCCAUAAAACAUCCAGGAGAGCAUCUCUCCAACUGACUCUUUGCAAGUAGCAUGUUCACUGAGUAAGUUUCUUUCUUGCUCAGUAUUGUUUUGUUUCCAUAUCUCUGAAGGAGAAGGUUGAACUUUUAUCCUGAUUUCUUUUCCCCUUCUAGAGAAAGAAAGACAGAAAGAGAUAGAAGGAUGCAGUACUACUGGCUUAUUUUUAAAGGGGAAAAUGUAGCAACUUCAGACAUUAUGUAGCCUGCCACGUAUUCACCGAUCUCUCUGCAAUAUUUGUGUAGACAUCUUCCCUCCUGAAAAGGAAGUGCCAACUGGCCACUUCCUAUUGAGUUUCUGAAUACAAUCCUCCGAAGCGUUUGUGCAAGCACUUUUGUGUUUGCGGUUGUGUGCAAGAAGGGCAGGGGAGAGAGAGUCUGCCAAAGUUGUAGAGGGGUAGAAAUGAUAACACGGUGCAUUUGACAUGACUGUUAAGUUUCGAGUGCAUUUACGGUUCACAUUUUGCUUUCUCGCCCUUUGAGCCAAUUCAUUUCUUCUCCUUCUCCAACCAAGGCAUUAGACGCUGUGUCUCUUAAGGUCUUUGGGUGCAAUCUAGGCUCUUGUUCGAGUCCCACAGAGGCGGAAUGGGAACCAUGCAAGAGCCCAGCUCUGUGCUGCUUUGCUUCAGCCGGGGAUGUGCAAGAAAAGCGACAAUCUCACUGGACUGUGUCCUGUGUGCAAUUGCAUGGCCAGCCUUUGUGCUUGGACCCAUUCCAUAGACCAAAAGGCAGGAUGGUGGGCCACUGGUGUUCAAACAGAAGUGAAACGUACUAGGAAAUACACAAGAUGUUGAGCGCUCCUCUUCCAGACCCCAUGGGUGGGCAACAGGGGAGCGUAUCUCCUGGCUUUCUUACAAGGGGUAGUGUGAGUCUCUUGAUUUACUAAAUGUUUUGAAUUCAACACAGUUUGGCCGCAACCGGAAAACACACGUGCUACGUAGUACGUAGCAUUUACCCAUCAAACACCCAGUGGGUUUUACAUCUAUGUAAAUGUGCGUAGGAUUUGGGGUUGUGAGUUGUGUGUGCGUCGUAUGUUUAUAAGUAGCAAUCUGGCUCUCCAAAAGGAGGGCCAGACCCUGUAGCAAAACUGAGAAUUAAAAGAAGCUUUUAAUGAAGGUGCCUACAGAAAUUUGAUGAAAAUACUCAGGGGAGAUACUAUUGGAAAUCCUUGUUUCGCCGUUGUCGUUGUCGUCGUCACCAUCAUUACUAUGAACAUUUCACAUGGACUGUACUAUAAGAGAAGUAAGAGACCACUGGUGACCAGAGCAGGAGCAGACAGAGCGUUUCUGUGCGAUGCUUCACUUGGAUAUUCUGCUUUCAGGCUUGUCGGUGCUCGGACUGAGAUUUUUUCGGCAUUGCACAAGCGUAUAUAUAUCGUAUAGAUCAAGUCAGUAAAACAAUUUAACAUGGGGUAGCCCUGUGGCUUCCAUCAAGACAAAGCAACAAAAGGUUCUCAAGAAAAAACAACACUGGACUCAAAGAGAAACAACAGCAACCAGAACAGAUGGUUUCCCUCCAUUAUAAUGGUACUGGAAAAGAAAGGAACACACCAUUUUGGCAACUUGAAGCUGCUCACCUUCGUUUCUGUGUCCGCAGCGUCCAGACACUGGAUUUCUGGGUCCAUCAGAUCAGACUUAUCUGCUGUCCUGCAAGCAAGGACUUGGUCCAGUUUCUCUUUGGUUCCCAGAUUCAUGCUUUUCUCCCACUGUGUGCACUUGGUCGCUUUAAUUUGUGAUGGUUUUUCUUUUUUCCCUUCAGCAUAAGUAAUAGGCUGGUUUCCAGAUUUUCACCCUAGGCAAAAUUCUUCUCUGGUUAAUAUUUUAAAAGUCUCCAGCUCCAGCACACACACACAAGCCACAAGUGUGCAUUUCUGUGUUUGUCAAGUCGCCACUCAUGUGGAUUGGUUUUCCCACCUCCGACUUCUGCAUCGGCACAUGUGAGCAUGAAUGAACACAGGCUACCAAAGGAACCACUUUAAGUACCCUUACACUUUAUCCAUUGCCAUUUGGGACACAGAAGAGUCCAUGCAUGUGGCUUUUCUUUUGCAGGUAAAGAAACAAAACGUUCUUGGAGGAAAAACUGGCCAGUCUCGGCAUGAAAACCAUGCUAUAUUUGAUCUCAUGAAUUUGCCCUCCCAACCUACCUACUUCAUUGUGGUAGCGGUGCAAGCGUGGUAUGGUGGUUUGAGUGUGCAACUAUGACUCUGGAGACCAGGGUUCAAUUUCCGGCUUAGCCAUGAAACUCGCUGGGUAACCUCGGCCAAGUCACAUACUCUCAGCUUCAGGGGAAGGCAAUGGCAAACUUCUUCUGAACAAACCUUACCAAGAAAACCCCAUGAACAGUUUGCCUUAGGGUCACCAUAAGUUGGAAACGAAGGCACACAACAACACGCAACGCCUAUAAUGCUCUCUUUGAUACUGUCAUGGCUGUGCAGGGACUGUCUCCCAAAGGCGCUGCAUAGCAGAGGACUGAUUUGGGAUCAAAGUAAGAAAGGAACAGGGAUCCCAUGGGAAGGUGGCCAUCCAUCAUGACUAUGUAUUUGUAUUUAUGUAAUUUUGGUUGUGAUCCGCUUCAAUUCUUUGGCAGAGGCAGGAUAUAAAUGAAAAUUAUUAUUAUUAAUCUUAUAUUAUUAUAGAAAGAGCACAGCAGCCUGGAGUAUUCUGACCAGUGAAGCCCCUAGAUUUUCAUUAGUGUUUGGAAGGAACGGCAGUGAAAGAACAUGACUUCUGAACCCAUCUCAUCUCACAUUUUUCAUCUCAAAAAUUGCUCCACGGCAGGAAAAAAAAAGGUGGCCAUCCAAAGGACAGAGGCCUAUGUAGUGUUUCACCUACAGUUGCAUCCAAGCAAGGAAACCAUGACAUUGGAGAUUCCAAAAUGGGGCACAGUGCUCUUAAGCCAGGUUCUGGCAAGCCUGGCUGAACCUAUGGACCUUCUGGUCUUCACAAUAGACUGGUUGAUACAGCACUUGGUCAUGAGCUGAAACCAUCACGGACCAAUAUCAUAUCCAUUAAUUCCACCAUAUGUAUUUCACCGACAUCUAAGGAAGAAUAUAUGGAAUGAGGUUCAAGAAGGUUGUGGAGAUAUAAGGCCUGGCUGGGACAUCAAACUGGUCAGCUCACAUCUCAACAUUUGGGAAGUACCAUAUAUACUCAGCUAUAAGUUUACUUCAUGUAAAAGUUGAUAGCAGGUUUGGGGGCCAA